GGCGCGGGCCGGGGCCCGGGGCGCCGGCCUGGAGCCCGGGGCGGGGGGGCUCUCCCGCGCGGACGCCGGGGCCCCGGGACCCGCCGAGGCCCCGCCGGAGCGCACAGCGGGACUCUGGGCCGCCAGGCCCCUCCCCGGGUGGCACAGGGGGCUGGUGACCUCAGCUGUCUCCACCCUGCUCCGGCGGGGUUUGGUGGACGCGGCCACCCCAGGUGACACUGUCACUGCUUCCGGCUGUCGACACGCGUUGUCGUAGGAUCUGUGAGGCCCGGGGCGUGGGGGGGUCCCCGAGACAGGGCCACCCUGUGCUGGGGGCCGGGCCAGUCUGUGAAAUGGGCGGGGGGCGCAGGGUCCUGGGCGUGUGUGUUGUUGUUGUGGGGGAAGGGUGGGGCUGUCCUCCUCGAGGAGGUGGCGCAAGGCUUCGGUGACUCAGGCUCCUUAAAGGGACAGUAACACAGGCCCUGCGCCCGGAGCGGUCCCGGUGGGCCUCCUUCCAGGUGUGAGCAGGGGGGAAGCAGGCUGGGAGAGAUGGGCAACCCCACUUCUCUGCCCUCCUCGGCCUCCACAUCCCUGCUGACUGCCCGUGGCGAGGUUAAUGAAAGCUGCUUUUCCUGAAGGAACUGGAGCCCCAGGAGCCCUGCCGGGAGUGGGGAGGUGGGGUGCUAUGGAAUAUGAUGAGAAGCUGGCCCGGUUCCGGCAGGUGCACCUCAACCCCUUCGACAAGCAGCAUGAGCGGGGGGCUGGUGAGGAGGCCCUGGACGCCAGAGCCGGAGAGGCCCUGCCUGAGCUGCCCCCUGGGGAACCGGAGUUCCGCUGUCCAGAGCGCGUGAUGGAUCUCGGCCUGUCCGAGGACCACUUUGCCCGGCCGGUGGGCCUGUUCCUGGCCUCUGAUGUCCAGCAGCUGCGGCAGGCCAUCCAGGAGUGCAAGGAGGCCAUCCUGGAGCUUCCCGAGCACUCGGAGAAGCAGAAGGACGCUGUGGUGCGGCUCGUCCACCUGCGGCUGAAGCUCCAGGAGCUGAAGGACCCCAACGAGGAUGAACCCAACAUCCGAGUCCUUCUCGAGCACCGCUUCUACAAGGAGAAGAGCAAGAGCGUGAAGCAGACCUGUGACAAGUGCAACACCAUCAUCUGGGGACUCAUUCAGACCUGGUACACCUGCACAGGUGAGCGGGGCCAGGCCUGGUACACCUGCACAGGGUGUUACUACCGUUGUCACAGCAAGUGCUUGAACCUCAUCUCCAAGCCCUGUGUGCGUUCCAAAGUCAGCCACCAGGCCGAGUACGAGCUGAGCAUCUGCCCCGAGGCAGGGCUGGACAGCCAGGACUACCGCUGUGCCGAGUGCCGGGCGCCCAUCUCCCUGCGGGGUGUGCCCAGUGAGGCCCGGCAGUGCGACUACACUGGCCAGUACUACUGCAGCCACUGCCACUGGAACGACCUGGCCGUCAUCCCGGCGCGCGUGGUGCACAACUGGGACUUUGAGCCGCGCAAGGUGUCCCGUGGGAGCAUGCGCUACCUGUCGCUGAUGGUGUCAAGGCCGGUGCUGCGGCUCCGAGAGAUCAACCCUCUACUGUUCAACUACGUGGAGGAGCUGGUGGAGAUCCGGAAGCUGCGCCAGGAUAUCUUGCUCAUGAAGCCAUACUUCAUCACCUGUAGGGAGGCCAUGGCAGCACGGCUGCUCCUGCAGCUCCAGGACCGGCAGCACUUUGUGGAGAACGAUGAGAUGUACUCGGUGCAGGACCUGCUGGACACACACUCGGGCCGCCUGGGCUGCUCGCUGGCCGAGACCCACACGCUCUUCGCCAAGCACAUCAAGCUGGACUGUGAGCGGUGCCAGGCCAAGGGCUUUGUGUGCGAGCUCUGCAGAGAGGGUGACGUGCUGUUCCCUUUCGACAGCCACACGUCCGUGUGCGCCGACUGCUCCGCCGUCUUCCACAGGGACUGCUACUACGACAAUUCCACCACGUGCCCUAGGUGUGCCCGCCUCACCUUGCGGAAGCAGUCACUCUUCCAGGAGCCCUGUCCGGACGUGGACGCCUAGAGCAACAGAGCCCCUGCCAGCCUGUCUAAGGCCCACCGUGCUGGUCAUUGCCAAUGUCAAGGCGUUUCUUGUGCUCUGGAGACCCUAGGGUCUGGCUUCUGGACCUCUCCCCACCGCUAGGCUGGCACCACAAGGACCAGCAUCUCCCUGGCGCUUUCGGGGGCCUGGGGUGGCUGUGCCUGGCUGUUUCCCGGGGGAGCUGCUGGGAGGCCCAGAUCUCCCCCUGCCCCCCAUGGCAGGGCUUUAAGGUAGGGGAGGGGAGGCGGCUGUAUCUCAUCUCCCUUUGGCCACAAGCCCUCCACACCCCUGGGGCAAGGCUGCUGGGCCUUGGCCACCCUGGACAUCCCGGAGGCUUCCAGGGAGUGGCCGACAGGACUGAGGAUGCCAGCUGCACACAGUCAGCCUUGGCCUGUGUUUCACCUGCGGUGGCUGGUUUGGGACCCACCCGGAGGCUCCCUCCGCCCCCACCCAGGCCCCUGGUGUCUUUGGGGACGUUGGGUUGUCCUGGCUGGGCUGUUCACAGCUCCUCCGAGGUCUCCCCUCGGGUCCUCCUCUGGCAGGGCCCGUCCAGGGGCGCUGGCUCUUCCCAUACAACGUGGAAGGAUGAGGGCCGCCUAGCUCUUAGCUUUGGAUGGACUGGCCACCGCUCCCUCCUGGCCCGGCCCAGCCUACCCUGGUGCUCCAAGCUGGGCUGGGGCCUGCCCAGAGGGGCUGCCCUGCUUCCAGGUGGAGUGGUGCCUGUGCCUGGGAAGUCAGGGUUAGACAGGAGGGCUGCUGAUGGCAGCUCUGGGACCAGGUUUGUCUGAGGGGCUGCAUCCUUGCCAGGUGCCUGGGAGACCAACUGGGGCCCUUUGCUUGGGGUCCUGAGAUCAGGCACCGGAAGGACACCUAGAGCACGGGGCGUGGGUGUGGGAGGUCCUGCUCCAGCUGGCCAGGACCCUUGGUGGUGGACUGAGCCACUGCCAUCCAGUGGUGGAGCUGCAUCUGCAGGGACGCUUUGUGCUCUGAAGACCCAGCUGCCAGGAGGCGUGUGGGAAGAGGCAUGGAUCCCAGCCUUUCCUGCUCUUCCUGGACCGUGCUUGGCUCUCGGCGCGAGUGGGUGACACACAGGUGGGGUGGGGGGCAGGGAAUGCAGCCACAUGAGUACCUGUGCUCUCUGCCUGGGAAGCCUGAGAGCGGAGAGGCCAGAGGCAAGGCCGAUGCAAGGGCCGGGUCAAGACAGCACCACCCCUCGCCCCCUGCACCCUGGGGGAGCCCUCCCUGGCGGCCGCAGGCUGCGCCCUCCAUCCUGAGCUGCCUUGGCAGGGCCCUGAGGAAGGCCAGCACCGUGAGGGUGGUCAGCAGCUGUCCCGCCCCGCUGCCCUUCUUCUCGGGUUGGGGGGCUCGGGGCUCACUGCCCUCUUCCUGCCCCUGGUCUGCACAUUCCGCGAUCAUCACGGACCUACUGUUGGGAAGUUGGCUCUUCUUGAAUUUACUGUGUCACCAACACGCUACCCAAGCUACAAUCAGUGUCCACAAGAACUAGUCCACUGGCACGUGGCCGACAAAGUUGGCUUUAUUUUUUAAACUGCCCCCUCAUCAUCUCGACGCCUUCCGGAUGAGAAGUUCUUUAAGCGGCAUCACGCGUGGGUCUUUGGGGUCCACGUCGUGGUGGCGAGGAGCCCAUUGGUGUGGGCAGCACCCCAUGGGCGAGCUGUGCGGUGGCGCUGCAGCCGGUCUCACGGAGUCUGUGCCCAGGACCGCGCGUGUGGUGAGCUGGGGACAAGGCUUUGUGCCAGCCCGCAGCCCUCCCCGCCCAGCGGGGUCAGAUGCUGGGCACAUCACACAUGUGGCUGUCAGAGCCUCAGCCUCUGGUUCUUCUGUACGAGGCACUAAAGCACAUCCCUGUUGGGGGUGUUUGGUUCCAGGGAGCCCUGAAUGCGGCCUGGCACCCAGAGGAGGCUCACGAAAUAGAAGCUGUUUUCCCGACAGAAUCCUCCUUGUGGAAAACCCUCAUUGACCCAACGUGAGCAGCAGAAAGGUGGCCAGUUGUGCAGGUCCAGGGCUGGCUCCAGAGAAACUCACUUCUUCACAAGCAGACCCACCGAGGGGGCCCUCAGGAGAGCCACGCAUCUCCUCCCAGCUACAGCCCAGUCCCUGGGGGACGGGAGGGACAGGGACACAGGCAGCAGGGUGGGAGGUGUGCCAGGGCUGCGGUGUGAGCACCAGCCCCGACCUCGGGUAACUGAAGCUGCGCUCUGACUUCAGCUGGAGGAUCCCGCCUUUACCCAGCCUCCUCAAGGUACGAAAGAGGAAGUUUCUUUUAAUCCUUUUUUUUUUUUAGGGCCACACCCACAGCGUAUGGAGGUUCCCAGGCUAGAGGUUGAAUCGGAGUUGCAGCUACCCGCCUACAUCGCAGCCACAGCAACGCUGGAUUCUUAACCUUCUGAACCUGCGCGUCCUCACAGAUGCUACUUUGGUUUGUUACCACUGAGCCACGACGGAAACUCAUCUUUUAACCUUUUGACAAAUUUAGGUUUACAGAAGUGUUGCAGAAACAUGUACCCAUCUCCUAGAUUCCGCAAAUGUUGGCAUCUUGCCCCAUUGGUUUUGGUCUCCGCACACACCGCUUCUUUUGAACCAUCUGGCAGUGAUGGCAGCCCUUUGCCCGAUUCCUUCCGCAUCGCUCCCCCAAGGCGCGCUACCGCACACGGCUGCUGGGCAGUCAUCAGUCCGCGAGUUCACACUGACUGGGUUCCACCAACCCGUAACAGACCUCACUCAAAAUCGGCCACUCGGGAGGUCCCGUCGUGGCGCAGAGGAAACGAGUCUGACUAGGAACCAUGAGGUUGCGGGUUCAAUCCCUGGCCUCGCCCAGUGGGUUAAGAAUCCGGCAUGGCCGAGGGCUGUGGUGUGGGUCGCAGACUUGGCUUGGAUCCCAUGUUGCUGUGGCCAUGGUGUAGGCUGGCUACAGCUCCGACUGGACUCCCGCGCCUGGGAACCUCCAUAUGUCACGGGUCUGGCUCUAAAAAGCAGAAAAAAAAAAAAAAAGGACCUAAAAACACAUUCAACACCGGGAGUUCUCACUCAUGCUUCCAAUUUCAAGACAAAAUGAUUCAUUCUUUCCCUUUUCCUGUGUGCCGGGACAGUGACGGCCCCGGGCCCAGGGCACACGGAGCACUUUCCCCACGGCUGACCCGGGCCAAGGAGGCAGCAGCUCACUCGCAAGCAUUUAGAACGCGUUUGGAGAGCUCUCUCCUCUGAAGCCUGAGGGCAUCGUCAGGACAGUGCUGGAAAUGAACGGGGGUGUCCCUCCCUCUUCACUGUGCAUUUCCGAUUCCUGUGAAAUACAGUUCUGUUCGAACGUUCUGCUGCUUCCCUUCCCUGCUUCCUCUUUCCUCUUCUUGUGCAGUAUGUUAACGUGGGUCCCAAAGUCAGAACUUUACCAAGGUACUCGGUCAGGCGGCUCCCUCGCUCCUGUACCCGUCUCUUCAGUCUUUUUUUUUUUUUCAGCUGCACCCAUGGCAUAUGCAAGUUCCCAGGCCAGGGACUGAACCGGAGCCAGAGCUGUGACCUACACCACAGCUAUGGCAAUGCUGGAUCCUUAACUCACUGCGCUGGGCCAGGGAUUGAGCCGUGCUGCCACAGAGGCAAAGCCAGGUCCUCAACCCGCUGUGCCACAGUGGGAACUCUGACCCUUUCAAUCAUUUUUUUUCCCUUUCAGUUUUUGAUUUCUCCUUCUUGCGCUCUCUGUACAAAUGAGAAAGACAGGUAUAUGUCUUAUUUUCCCUUUCUUCUGCAAAAGGCAGAAUACUAUACUACAUUCUUCCAUGUUUAUUUUUCAAUACAUGGUACAUCCUGGAAACCACAUCAGUUGCGUUCUGUAUUACUAGCGUAAAGUCAUUUACAUUCGCUAUAUUCCAUUGUGUGGAAUUGCCACCUCAUAUUUGAUCGUCCUGGGGAGACUCUUCAGGCUGUUUCCUAGCUUUUGCUGGUACAACAACCCUGCAACAAAUAACCUGGGCCUAUGUCUCUCCUUCGGCGGAGGUGCGUUUUCAGGGUAUAAUCCUCCAAGUGGGAUUGCUAAAACAGAGGAAAUCUUUGGGAGUUCCCAUUGUGGCACAGCGGAAACGAAUCCAACUAUAUCCAUGAGGAGGCAGGUUUGAUCCCUGGCCUUGCUCGAUGGAUUACGGAUUCCGCGUUGCCGUGGCUGUGGUGUAGACUGGCAGCUGUAGCUCCAAUUCGACUCCUAGCCUGAGAACUUCCAUAUGCCGAGGGUGCAGCCCUGAAAAGCGGAAAAGAAAAAUAAAGGAAGUCUUUUUAUCUUGACCUCACUCAGGUAUGUGGAUGUUCCUAGGCCAGGGACCAAACCUGUGCCACAGCAGCCCCCAAGCCACAGCAGGGACAACGCCAGGUCCUUAACCUGCUGAGCCAUCAGGGAACUCCAAGAAAUGCUUUGUUUUUUUUAUUAGUGUUUGAUGCCCCCACAAGGGACGCACUGAUUUGCGUUCCCACCAGCCAGGAAUGAGGACGCCUGUCAUCUUCGAGCCUCACCAAGAGUAUGUAGUCGUACUUUUUAUUACUGCCAAUCUGACUGAGAAACGGUAUCUGUGUGGCUUGAAUUUGCACUUCACUGAGUGAGGUUAAACUUAGGCUUCAAGAUCUAAUUGACUUAUUUAUGAAUUAUAUCUUUUGUCCACCUUUCUAUUGGAUUUUUAGUAUUUAUUUUUCUUUUCAAUUUUCACGUAUCAGGGAUAUCAGCUGAUUUUCUGUGAGAUAUCUUCUUCCAGUGUGUCACUUGCCUUUGAUAUUGUUUGUAAUAUUUUAUCUUCAUGGAAAAGCUUCUUUCCUUUUUCUCUGGCUGCACUCAUGGCAUGUACAAGUUUCCAGGCUAGGGAUCGAACCUGCACCACAGCAGCAAUCCAAGCUGCUGCAGUGACAAUGCUGGAUCCUUAACCUGCUGCACUACAAGGAAACUCUUCUCAUGGUUUGUUUUAAAUAAGUUUUCCAAGAUAUUAUUUCACGCAAUCUUCUUAAAGCACAUUUUUAAGUAAAAUUUUAAUGACAAAAUGUGAUGCUUUCAAGUGUUAAAAUGAAAACACCAGAAGAGGACUCAGAGGCUUGGCUGGGCUUCCUCCCCAAAGUCCCAGAGACCGACCUCUGGUUAAGUUUGGUUGCACGCCCAGACGACAGCCUAGGAGAGCUGCUGCGAGCGCCACUCCUUCUCGCCGUACAAUUCCCGUAGCAGUUUAUUGCAUCAUUGAUGGCAUUUGAAACUUUUCGUUUCCACUCGUCAUCAGGGCUGUGACUGGUAAGGACCUGUAAGCCGGCCUCGAAAUGUGAGAAGGCUCGGACAGCUCCUGCGGGGUCAGCUGGCGCAGGGCCGGGGCGGCAUCCGCGCUGCCCUCCUCUUCUGGUGGCUCCCGCUCCAGCUGCAUCAGCUCCUCAUUCGAGAAACCCUCCUCGUGGGACCGCAGCAGUCGCGCCACGUCAGCUUCCGCCACCUCUCCGAGAGCCACUUUGUCAGCAAGGCUCACGAGUUCCCUUGAAGCUGUGCGAUGCUGUCUGCUUGGGAGCCGUUCUGGAACUGAACACACUCAGGCCACAUCUUCUUCCACACACUGUUCAUCGUGGCUGGUCUGAGCUCCUCCCAGGCUAUGGCAAUGUUGUCCACGGCAUCCAUGAUACUGUAGUUUCUCCAAAACGCCCCGACCUCAGCAGUCUCCUCCCCAUCUGUUGCUUCGAGGAUGUGCUCAAAAGUCCUUCUUAGGUAAUGAGCUUUGAAGGUAGACGCUAUGCCUUGACCCACAGGCUGCAUCAGGUUGGCUGUACUGUCACAAAGAUACUCCACCCUUACCUUAUCGGACAGAUCGCUCAAAUUUACUGGAUGGCACGGUGCACUGUCUAAGAUGAGCAGGGCUUUGCUGGCGAGGUUAUUUUGGGCACAGUGUUUUUCAACGGCAGGGCAAAAAAAGCACGUGAACCAUUCAUGAAAGAUGCUCCUGGUGGCCCAGGCCUUUUUGUUUGAGCGCCAGAUUACAGGCAAAUUGGGCUUGGAGUACCCCUUCAGAGCCCUGGGGUUUUCUGAACGGUACACUAACAAGGGCUUCAGCUUAAAGUCCCCAGCCGCGUUACCACCAAGAAGCAGCAUCAAGCGAUCCCUGGAUGGUACAACCCACCGCUCGGUUUUCUCUUCCAACGAGAGACGUGUUCCCUCAGGCAUUCUUUUCCAAUAAAGCCCUGUCUCGUCUACAUUAAAAACCUGCUGGGGGGUGUACUCACCCUCCUGGAUGAUGCUUUUCAA